AUGGACUCUGACGGGAACUUUCCUUCAGCGCUUGUGCACGCCACGACAUGGGCACUUCUCUCGCUAUCCACCGUCCUUAUGGGCUUCAGAGGCUACAGCAGACUCCGAAAAGUCGGCGUUGGGCUCAAGGAGGACGAUUGGGUCCUCCUCGCCGGGUGGUUCUUUCUUCUCCUGGCAUCGUGCUGCUUGUCCUGGCUAAUGGUGGUCUUGGUGGUCCCAGAAAGCUUGAGCAAAUUUACUAUCGCGCGAGCCCAUCACAAUCUACAGGCCAUCGCCCUUGGACUGACCAAGACGUCGUUCGGAAUAACGCUGCUGCGAUUGAUGCCCGGGGGCUGGGAAGCAAAGCUCAUCUGGGGGAUCAUCAUCUCCAUGAACCUGCAGUUUUUCGUACACAUCAUCGCGACGUGGCAGGCAAUCUGUGGCGCCCCUGUUCAGCCGCAUAUUGGAGGGGACAGAUGCUGGACUCUGGUCCAGUCUAUUACUUUUAGCAUCUUUAGCGCUCCUCUGGCGUUGAGCUUGGGUAUGCUGGCUGGGAUUAUGGGAGUGAUGAAAGCCGUCCAAGCCCACAAGCUAAUCGACCUACAAUCCCCUGAAUACUUUCAUAAUCAAGCAGUCUUCUGGAUAUGGUCCAUGGCCGAACCCAAUGUCACCAUCAUAUCAGCGUGCCUCCCCGUCCUCCGAAGCCUCGUCCGCAACGUCCGAAUGCGCACCGACUCGACGCCGAGAGCUGGCGGGUAUCUCAAGACGGGCGACAACAGCGCCGAAAGGUUCUACACCCGCACGACGACGACGGCGGUUCGAGCCGCACCCAAGGACCAAGACGGUGCAAGUGACAGCAGUAUUUUGGGCCGGAACCCUCAGGAUGGCGAUAGUGGCAGCGGAGAGGGCAUCGCACGGACGACCGAAAUUAGUGUCACGUACGAGUCGAGUCCUCGGGCGGGGAGUGCAAUAACGAAGGCGAGCAAGAGCGUGGAAGAGUUCGAAAUGGGCAACGUCCACCGAAUAUCAGGAGGACAGCCGCGCGAGACUCGCUAA